ACGGUAGAAGAGCGAGCCAUCGCGCACGAUUUCCUCAUUCGCGUCUGUGACUCCGUUGUUGGAUUCGUUUGCGUGCAUUGAGCGGUGACAUAUCGUGCGUCGUGCGGAUUCAUUUUUUUGCGUGAAGAGAAUACCGAGGGUCGAACGAUGAGUGAUCCGAAAAGUGGUGAAGAUUUGGCAACAGCUAUUCUUCGCAAGAAGGAUAGGCCAAACAGAUUGCUGGUUGAUGAAGCGAUCGCCGAUGAUAAUUCUGUGGUCGCGCUCUCCCAGGCAAAGAUGGACGAAUUGCAAUUGUUUCGCGGUGACACCGUACUACUGAAGGGUAAACGACGCAAGGAAACAGUGUGCAUCGUACUUUCAGAUGACACUUGUCCUGAUGAGAAAAUCCGUAUGAAUCGCGUUGUCAGAAAUAAUCUGCGUGUACGUCUGAGCGACGUUGUUUCAGUGCAAGCGUGUCCAGAGGUCAAAUACGGAAAGCGUAUUCAUGUUCUGCCAAUGGACGACACUGUUGAUGGUCUCACUGGAAAUUUGUUUGAAGUAUAUUUAAAACCAUACUUUCUGGAAGCGUACCGUCCCAUUCACAAAGACGAUAACUUUAUUGUACGAGGAGGUAUGCGAGCUGUGGAAUUUAAAGUUGUCGAAACUGAUCCGGGACCAUUUUGCAUUGUGGCGCCUGACACAGUGAUACAUUGUGAAGGCGACCCGAUAAAACGCGAGGAGGAGGAGGAAGCGUUGAAUGCUGUCGGGUACGACGAUAUUGGCGGCGUGCGCAAGCAAUUGGCACAAAUUAAGGAAAUGGUGGAAUUACCUUUGCGACAUCCAUCUCUGUUCAAAGCCAUUGGUGUUAAGCCGCCGCGUGGUAUAUUGUUGUACGGACCACCGGGAACGGGAAAGACUCUCAUUGCACGCGCUGUGGCAAACGAGACUGGAGCAUUCUUUUUUCUUAUAAACGGUCCAGAAAUUAUGAGCAAACUGGCUGGCGAAUCGGAGAGCAAUUUGCGGAAGGCAUUCGAGGAGGCCGAGAAAAAUUCUCCGGCCAUUAUAUUUAUAGACGAACUUGAUGCGAUUGCGCCGAAACGUGAAAAGACGCACGGCGAGGUUGAGAGGCGUAUUGUAUCGCAACUGUUGACAUUGAUGGACGGUAUGAAGCAAAGCUCGCAUGUGAUUGUAAUGGCAGCUACUAAUCGACCGAACAGCAUCGACGGAGCGUUGCGCCGAUUCGGACGUUUUGAUAGAGAGAUUGACAUCGGUAUACCUGAUGCUACUGGUCGAUUGGAAAUUUUGAGAAUCCACACGAAGAAUAUGAAGCUUGCUGAUGACGUUGAUUUAGAAGAGAUCGCAGCAGAGACUCACGGACAUGUUGGUGCCGAUUUGGCAUCUCUAUGUUCGGAGGCGGCUCUUCAACAAAUUCGUGAAAAAAUGGAUCUCAUAGACUUGGAAGACGACCAUAUAGACGCGGAGGUCUUGUCUUCGCUUGCGGUAACGAUGGAGAACUUUAAGUAUGCAAUGACGAAGAGCAGCCCAAGUGCUUUGCGCGAGACGAUUGUGGAAGUGCCGACGGUCACCUGGGACGAUAUCGGAGGUUUACAAAACGUCAAAAUGGAAUUGCAAGAAUUGGUGCAGUAUCCUGUGGAACAUCCUGAUAAAUUCUUGAAAUUCGGUAUGCAACCGUCAAGAGGUGUAUUAUUUUACGGCCCACCUGGUUGUGGUAAAACACUAUUGGCCAAAGCAAUUGCCAACGAGUGUCAGGCAAAUUUCAUUUCUGUCAAGGGUCCUGAAUUAUUAACCAUGUGGUUUGGAGAAUCGGAAGCUAAUGUUAGAGAUGUUUUCGACAAGGCAAGAUCAGCGGCACCCUGUGUAUUGUUCUUUGAUGAACUUGAUUCCAUUGCAAAGUCACGAGGAGGCACCGUCGGCGACGCUGGUGGUGCGGCGGAUCGUGUGAUAAAUCAGAUAUUAACAGAAAUGGACGGUAUGGGCGCGAAGAAAAAUGUAUUCAUCAUCGGAGCGACAAAUCGACCCGACAUUAUCGAUCCAGCUAUUCUACGACCUGGUAGAUUAGAUCAAUUAAUUUACAUACCGCUACCGGAUGAGAAGUCUCGAGAAGCGAUAUUCCGCGCUAAUCUUCGAAAAUCGCCCGUAGCUAAGGAUGUAGAUCUAAGCUACAUAGCCAAAGUUACGCACGGUUUUUCCGGUGCUGACUUGACAGAAAUCUGCCAGCGAGCGUGCAAACUUGCCAUUAGACAGUGCAUCGAGACUGAAAUUCGAAGAGAAAAGGAACGUGCGAGCAAUCCAUCCGCAUCUAUGGAUAUGGAUGAAGAUGAUCCUGUACCAGAAAUAACACGAGCUCACUUCGAAGAAGCAAUGAGGUUUGCACGUCGUUCAGUGUCCGACAACGAUAUUCGCAAGUAUGAAAUGUUUGCGCAAACACUCCAGCAAUCUCGAGGAUUCGGGACUAAUUUCAGAUUUCCACAAAGUGGAGCAGGUGGUGCUCAAGAUAAUACGCAAGGCGAUCAAGCCUUUCAAGAUGAUGGAGAUGACGAUCUCUAUAGCUAAGUUUUCGUUUCCUUGUAUGUCAUUACAGUGAGCAUACGACAAAAGGGCCUGUUACCACAUAAUAUAUUGCACAGGAAUCGUUUUUAAGUGAUACAAUUAAAAUAUAAAGAGGGUAAAUAAAUGGAAGAGAUGAUGGAAAUUUUAUAUGAGGUACGGUUUUGUUUUUGUAGAAAAAGAUGACAUGAAUUCUAAUUCGUGUAAAUUAAGAAAUAUUCGGGUAUAAAAUGUCGAUUACAAAACUUGCUUUGUCAUAUUAUUAUUUUCGCGUUUAACCGUAUUUAAUAGCUUGAUCUUUUAGAAUGUUUAUGAAAUUAUCUUUUCUUUCUUUUCCAUCAAUGUGGCAUAGAUGCGAUAGAAGUAUAAUUGCAUUAUUGAUUAAUAAUUUGUACAAGACAAAGAAGAUUAUUAUAAAGUGGCGAAAUGAUAUGUAUACAAAUAUUGUAGGGCCAUAUAUUAUCCAUUGCAAUUUUACUAUGUAAUUUUGAAUGCGUUACGUAUUUUGUCGAGCUUCUAAACUCUGAAUGGACCCUUUUGCUGCAUUAUCACUGUACUCGAUGAGACUACAUUCUGUUGUUCACUCACGCAUUGCAGUAAUAUAAAAAUUUAUGCCAUGUCGAGAUGAGAUUGUCAAUGAUGUACGUUGACGAUUUUACAAAUGUCUCUUAAUAGUAAAUUAAUCCAUAUACGACGAUAAAAAGGAGCCUUUUUCAAUUUCAUUAUUCGUACAAUUAUCUGCAUUAUAACCAUUCGCAGUUUUAUAAACGUUGAAAUUUCUGAAACGAUGGAAAAGCCGAACAAGUUUAUUAAAUACAAUACAAAUAAAAAGAAAGAUUUGUCCGAUUUUUUUACAAGACUGGCAAGUUGUUGAUACUAUUACAAUGUAAUUGAUCAUACUAUUCUGUGACACAUACUAGUUUAUGUAAGUUCCAACAAUAGGAUUAAAGUUUAAAAAAUGUAAUGCAAAAAAUUAAUGGAUUAAUAUAUUACUAUCAGAAA